AUGCAACUUAAUUCAUAUUUUCUCCCUUCAAGUACACUGGAAAUUCUUGAUCUUAGUGCUAAUCGUCUCGAGGGGCAGAUUCCUAUACCAUACUCGCCAUUGUUAUUUGUGGAUUAUUCACACAAUAAUUUCUCUUCUGUUCUUCCAAACUUCACUUCAUAUCUUGGUACCACAUAUCUCAGCAUGUCCAACAACAGUAUAAAUGGAUGCAUGACAGAUUCAGUUUGCAGUGGAAUUAUGGGUGUGUUUAACCUAUCCUACAACAAUUUUAGUGGGCCGAUUCCUGCCUGUCUGAUAGAAAGUGGUGGACUGAUGGUGUUAAAUUUGAGGGAAAAUAACUUUGAAGGGACGUUGCCAUCCAAAAUUACAAGUGAAUGUACUUUCCAGACAAUAGAUUUACAUGGCAAUAAGAUUGAGGGGAAGCUUCCGAGGGCACUUUCUAACUGCAGUAAGUUGGAGGUUCUUGACAUUGGAAACAACCUGUUACUUGAUACUUUCCCAUCUUGGCUAGGGGAGCUUCCCAAUCUUUAUGUUCUUAUCUUAAGAUCCAACCAAUUCUAUGGUUCGGUAGAUGAUGUUGUUGGGAAUUACCAAACCAGAGAGUACUUCCCUACCUUGCAAAUUAUUGAUCUUGCUGCGAACAACUUCUCUGGCAAUUUAAAUUCAAAAUGGUUUAGAAAAUUAAAAUCAAUGAUGAUGAGGUUCAAUAGUGCAGGAGAUAUUGUCAGUGCUAAAAACAUACCAGGUAUUCAGGCAUUCUACCAGGACACCGUAGUGAUAACAUACAAGGGCUCCGAGGUGACAUUUGGAAGGAUCCUGAGCACUUUAACAGCAAUUGACCUUUCAAAUAAUAGAUUGGAAGGUACCAUUCCUGAGUCAGUUGGACGACUUGUUUCACUGCGCGUACUGAACAUGUCACACAAUGCAUUCACGGGAAAAAUUCCAACCCAGCUUGGCGGUGUGACUGAUCUGGAGUCACUAGACAUGUCUUGCAACCAACUCGCUGGGGAGAUUCCACAGGAACUCACAAAUCUCACCUCUCUGGCCACCCUGAACUUGUCCGACAACCGGUUGGUGGGGAAGAUACCGCAGUCAGGCCAGUUCCUCACAUUUGACAUCAAUUCAUUCGAAGGGAAUUUGGGAUUGUGUGGACCGCCAUUCUCCAAGCCUUGUGGCGUAUCACUUGCUCCUCCAAGCCCUGCCCGUGUGGAGAAGUCUUCUAAUGUGGAUGUCAUCCUGUUUCUCUUUGUCGGGCUGGGCUUCGGUGUUGGAUUUGCAGCUGCCAUUCUGAUGAGAUGGGGUCGAAUCAGAAAAUGGUUUGUUAAAUCUGCAAGAGCUUUGUGGACUUGA